AUCCCAUCGCUGCACGUUCUGGCUGCUUUAUCGACCUUCUCCCCGCCGUGCAGCCCACUCCUCCUUCCUUCGCGGGGAGAGCGGGACUCUGACGCGCACAAUAAAUCAUCCUCGCGAGGUUCCUUUUUCAAGCCCCAUUUCAUACUUACUCGCACUGGAGCGCAGACACGGGCGAGAGUCAAGCCUCGUAACUGUGGAUGUAGCAAAUGUGAUUCAGCACAGCAAACAACGUGGGUGUUGUGCGUGCGAGCGCGCGCGCGCGUGUGUGCUUUUUCUUUUUUUUCUUUUCUUUUCUUUUUUUUUUGGUGGGGAGUGGAGGAGAAGGAGGAGGAGGUGGGGAGAGAGCAGCGAUAUGAAACGCGUGUGUUUAUGUCUCCUUCGUUACCCGUUAUCUGUGACUGACCACCGGCUCAGUUUCACCUGUACGAACGACCUUGCAAUUGCGACCGAAAUUCUUCUAACGAGGUUUCCAUGGAGGAGCAGUUUGUCGUUUUAUCCGUGAGGGCUGAAUUUGGUUCCUAUUGGUGUCAAGAUAUUUCGGGAUAACAGGUCAAGCCUCCUCUCUCUCUCGGAGAACACAAGUGCCAUUUCAAAGCUUAUUGGAUGAAAGUCUCAUUUACCCCUGGCUGCCAAAGAUGACGUUGCCAUGGAAACAGCUUCUACUGUUAUCAAUCAUCGACUGUUUGACAGAUUGCCUGGACAGUGGAUCAUUCCAUGGUCCGAGAUGGAGAAUGGAGCCGGGUGAUUUGUUCAUUCCCAUUGACUCCAUAGAAGAAGAAGCUACUCUGACUUGUGACGCAAAGGGAACACCAUCUCCUCAGUACAGAUGGUCAUUGAAUGGGACUCUCAUAAAUCUGGGUCUGGAUCGGCGGCGGCGUCUGUCUGGGGGCAACCUCAUUAUAAGCAGCCUGGACCGCUACCAGGAUGUAGGGAUGUACCAGUGUAUGGCCUACAACACAGUAGGAGCUAUCCUCAGCAGAAGAGCAAGUCUUCAGUUUGCCUACUUAGAUCAUUUCAAAGUUCACACCAGAAGCGCAGUGUCCGUCCGAGAGGGACAAGGAGUGGUGUUGCUUUGUGGAACGCCCACUUCCUCAGGAGACCUUACUUAUGCAUGGAUCUUCAAUGAGUACCCGUAUUUCGUUCAGCAAGACAAUCGGCGCUUCGUCUCCCAGCAGACGGGAAACCUUUACAUUGCCAAGGUGGAGCCCUCUGAUGUGGGCAACUACACGUGUGUAGUGAUGAACAGCAUCACAAAGGGCAAGGUUCAGAGCUCCCCCACAUCUCUGAUCCUCAGGACAGAUGGAGUGAUGGGUGAAUACGAGCCAAAAAUAGAAGUUAAUUUCCCAGACAAUGUACCCGCCGCGAAAGGAUCAACAGUUACGCUGGAAUGUUUCGCCCUUGGGAACCCCGUCCCAGAAAUCACCUGGAGGAGGGCCAACGGCGUUCCCUUCCCCAGCAAAGUCAAAAUGAAGUACUCGAACGCCGUGCUGGAGAUUCCCAGCUUUCAGCAGGACGACACGGGCGGUUACGAGUGCGUGGCCGAGAACAAGAUGGGGAAGAACACAGUCAGCGGUCGGCUGGCUUUUUAUGCAAAGCCUCAGUGGGUCCAGACAAUGAAAGACACGGCUCUAGCCAUUGAGGAGAGACUUUACUGGGAGUGUCGAGCCAACGGCAGGCCCAAACCCUCCUACACGUGGCUGAAGAACGGCCAACAGCUCCUCUCAGAGGACAGGAUCCAUGUGGAGGACGGAGUCCUGUCAGUGUCUGCGCUGACCCUGUCUGACGCUGGCAUGUACCAGUGUGUGGCCGAGAAUAAACACGGUGUCAUAUAUUUUGCUGCUGAACUAAUGGUUUUAGCUUCUCCUCCAGACUUCACAGGGAACCUCCUCAGAGCUUUGCUCAAAGCCAAGGCAGGAACUACAGUGACUUUAGAAUGUAAACCCCAGGCCUAUCCCAUCGCUAGCAUUUUAUGGAAGAAAGGCAACCUGCCAAUCCACACCAAUGACAGGAUCACACUGUCCCCAGAUGGAACGCUGAGGCUUGCCAACGUGAGCAAGUCUGAUGCAGGCAGCUAUACGUGCUUCGCUAGGAAUAGAUUUGGCAUGUCAAGUACAACUGGAAGGCUCCUCGUUACCGAUCCAACCAGAAUCAUCCAGGGGCCAGUGGACACAGAGAUCAUUGUGGGCGAGAGCAUUGUGUUACCCUGCCAGGUCGCCAGCGAUCCCGUCCUUGAUGUUUCUUUCUCCUGGGCCUUCAAUGGACAGCUCAUCGCCAAGGGAGACGGUCACUUUGAAUUUGUGGGUGGGAGAACAGCAGGAGAUCUUAUGAUCAGGAACAUUCAGCUUUACCAUGCUGGCAAAUACAUCUGUGUGGUGGACACGGACGUGGAGAGUCUAUCAGCCGUGGCUGUAUUGAUUGUGAAAGGCCCUCCCAGCCCUCCAGACUCAGUGACGGUGGAGGAGGUGACAGACAGUACAGCCCAGCUGGCGUGGAGCCCCGGCAGAGACAACGGCAGCCCCAUCACCAAUUACCUCAUUCAAACCCGAACUCCCUUCACUGUGGGCUGGCAGAGGGUUAACACAGUCCCGGAGAUAAUCGAUGGGAACACACUGACAGCCACCGUGGUGGACCUCAAUGCCUGGGUUGAAUAUGACUUUCGGGUACUGGCAAAAAACAGCGUUGGUGUCGGAGAACCCAGCCCAGUGUCCGUGAAGACCAGGACAGAGGAUGCAGUUCCAGAUGCAGUGCCAGGUGAUGUGGGUGGAGGUGGUGGAAGCAGAUAUGAACUGGUUAUCACGUGGGAGCCUGUUCCCGAAGAACUACAGAAUGGUGAGAGCUUUGGUUACAUCAUCGCUUUCCGCGCCUUCGGAGAAGCUAGCUGGACUCACGUGGCCACCUCCGCCCCUGGCGCGUCGCGCUACGUGUACCGCAACGACAGCAUCGCGCCCUUCUCUCCGUUUCACGUUAAGGUUGGCACUUACAACAGCAAAGGACAGGGUCCCUUCAGCCCCGUGGUCACCAUCUACUCUGCGGAGACAGAGCCAAGUGAGAAGCCAGCGGGAGUUAGGGCCAGAAGUGUCUCAGCCUCUGAGAUUGAGGUGAAUUGGCAGGCUCUCUCCUUCAUCCCUGAAAGGGUUCUGGGCUAUGAGGUGGCUUACUGGGAAGAUGACACUAAACCAGAGACCAUGGGGAAAGUUAGAGUGCCUUGGAACCAAACCUCGGCCACAGUGAGUGGCUUGGCAGGAAAUACACAGUAUUUCCUAACAGUCAGCGCCUUCAAUACAGCAGGCACUAGCCCAUUCCUCCCUGCAAUCAAUGUCACCACAAAAAAGCCACCACCUUCCCAGCCGCCAAUGAAUGUGGGAUGGAACCUAAUGGGCUCUCAGCUGUCUGUUUACUGGGAACCCGUGGUGGCAAUGGAAUCAGAAUCAGACGUUUUAGGCUAUCAACUGUCAUACCAGAGGCAGCGACACAAAGAGGUAAUCACACUCACAACGGUCAACGCAACAGCAGAGCUGACUCUCCCUGAGGACGAUGAGGAGUACAUCAUCUUUGUGCAGACACUGAGUGAAGGAGGACUAGGGCCGGCAUCAGAUCCCAUACGAAUCCACCAGCUAAGUAUGAGCGCCCGUGGCUCCAGAGCCUGCAGUGUGGAGAUCUCCCCCCUCUCCCUGUUCCUCACCAUCGCAGUAUCCUCAUUCAGGUCAUCGUUGUGACACAAACAGACUCUGCUCUGUUUUUUCAGCAUUCACUAUUGGCUCUUGUUUUGUUUUGUUUUCUUUAAUUUGUGAAAGUGGUCAAGGUUUUUUCUUUUCUUGCAUUUUUUUUUAAAGUACCGCAUAUUUUUUUCAAGUGUUAUUUUGCAAGUAUGCAGCAGCACAAGAGAAGAGUGUGCUGUCAGACACUUAAUUAACAGUAAACGCUUGCUUUUUUUUUUCUUACAUAAGUCUGUUUUGCCACUUUUGCUGGUUGGGAACAAUGCUCCAUUUCAACUCUUUUUUGACUCUAGAAUGAUACAGAUGCCUUACUUCCAUUCAUGUGCCAAAGUAGUUUCAGCCUUCUCGUUGUUAUUGCUAAGAUAGCUACAUGCUUUCCUCAACAUUUUAUUCCUCACUUUUCUUAUCACGAAGGUCUCAGUGAACCUUGCAGAAAGCCCUGAAGAGAAGUUUAUGAUUGUUUGUUUGUUUCCUUGUAUUUCUGAGUUUUCAGUUCUCUCCAAAAUCAGAAAGUAGGGACAUGUUCAUUCACCUGCGCCCGUGCCUUGGAGAUUCUUGUAUCGGCGUCACUUAUAGACACUGGUUAGUGGUACUUUUCAGAACAUACUGCAGCCAUCUCCAUCUUUACGUGAUCCUUUAAAAGUCGGUUGUGUCCCAGAUGAAACUCAUAAAACACCUCAUAGUGCCGUUGUCCUCCAUUUACCUUUUAUCUUUUGAUUGUGCGGAGCUGAAUGUACCAUGAAAGCUCCUAAAAGUUUUAAUGCCUCACGCUAGUUAUAGUUAUAGCCUGCCGAAUGAUGGAUUUGACUUUGCUCUGCGUUCACAAAUUUUACAUUUGCUUGUAUACAGCAGUACCGGCAGAGGUGUGUAACUGCCAAUGUAAUUCCUUUUUUUCCAGCACCAGUGCUUCAGCAAACUUAAACAGCAGUCAUUGAAGUCAUUUAUCAAAGAAAAAUGACAAAUGUUCACCGGCUUCAGCUUCUCAGAUGUGAGACUUUGUUGUUUAAGAUGUAAAACACAGCAAGGUGUACCUUUUAUUACAUUUCCCUCCACAGUGUUCAACUUUGAAUGGGAUUGCAAUGAUCUGCCAACAAACCACUAUAUGAAAUCAAAAUUAGAGGGUGAUCUAGUUACUUUUGUAUCGGAUUUUCUAAUCUCACUUUCCUGUUUUCACAUUAAUUUUUUGGAAUAUGCAGUAUUUCCUUUAUCUCGCUAGGCUAAAGGUUUUGCCUGGACCCUGUACUACAAAGUGAGUUCAGCAUACUCCGGGUAUUUCUCCAGUAUCAGAAUUCAGUUAUCCUUACGCUUGGUAAGCUGGUUAUCAACUUGAUAAGUCAACCCAGGGUUUAACCUGCACGUUCUCGCAAAAUGAUCUGCAUGUUCUCUGGCACUGGCAGCAUUUGGCCAAUCACAGAGAAAAGAAGAUAAAACUAUGCAAUGGGAAAAAAAUGAAGAGGUUAAAAAUGAAACAGUCUGAAACCAACACAGCUGCUGCAGCGUGAGGAAAAGCGCUGUACAGUAGUUUAGUAUUAAAAGCGCUGUAUGAAAGCGUGAGCAUUUAGCCUGUUUGAAGCCAGGACUGAAAAAAUGCCCACUGUGUAAGUUUACUGAAUUAUCAAUAUCACAGCUCUAUCAUUAAAACCCAGGAGAAUCUGAUGGGUUAUAAUUGAAUAUUCCCUUUAAUUAAUGUUUAAAAGACAGUUUUAGGUUUUAUUCUUUCUGCUGCAGUCCUGGUGGUGUUUAACGGUCCGAGAGUUAAGAAUAAAUAUAAAAUAUAGAUAAGUAGCUCCUCUGUUUUAGGAUUUUAGGAUCACAUAUUAACGCUUUCAGAACAAUAAAAUUGUUGUUAAAUUUAUUCCUGAUGCUGAUCAGGGAAACUCAAAGAUUUCCCUUUAGACCCUCCUGUUAUCCACAGAUGUGAGGGAUGUUUCAGGAAUCAUGAUGCUGUUUUUGGAGAAUUGAUUAAUCAGUAGGAGGUGACUUCAUACCUGUUGGUUGCUAAAAUGGAACAAAAGCUUCUUUAGCUUCACAGCAUGAGUUACUAUGACGAUAAAAAGCGAACCACCUUCAUAGUACAGAAAACCCAGGGUUAACCUAAAGUUACCUGGAUAGAAAUCCUCUGCUUUGUAGUACAGGCCGCUGGUUACUGACCUUUGAUAGCACGAAGAGAAGCAAAAUGUCAUUCAGUCUAAUGUCACAUUCAAAUGGAUAUUUCCACGGUUGGUUAAAAGAGAAGACUGAUACCACUCUCAUGUUAGCACACUGACAAUGGGACCAGUGCGUAAGCAUAGCUUAGCAAACCGUCAGCUUGACUUUGUCCAGUAUUCACAGCCAGCACCUCUGAAGCUCACUUAUUUGUUUACUUCAUCAGACGGGGCACGUCAGGUAGUCGGAACAAACAAAUUUCUCUAUCUGACUAAACUGACAAUAUCAACAAUCACUUCACACCCACUUCACGCUGUGAUUUGCCAGCCGUGUGGAGGUGAGAAAGCAAGCUGGGUUUGAACUUCUCUGCCGCGUUCUUUUAUUUGUUAAACACCAGUGUGUUUACACGGAAACAUUGCCAGUACUUUCAGUUAAAGACUCAAAGUCUCUCUUGGACAAUUAUUGCAUUUUACACCUCACGUCGGUGUCAAAGAAAAAUUCUUAUGCUUCCGACAUGGUUGAAUUUGCUCUUUCCUAACAGAGCUUGGCACUGGUUCUGUUGUUAAUGCACGCACAAGGGUGGUAUAGCAUCUCUAUGAUAGAGUUAUAUAGGUAAGGUAAUACAGUUUAAAGAAAUGACACAAAUAAUCUGAACUAAGGAGUCUCUUUGCUUGUUUGGAAGCUUUCAGCUACAUUUCUCUCCUCCUGUCGACUGAAAGCUCCAUGAGUGAAGCUUAUUUUGUCAAACCAGUUUAAUGCUGAUGAGCUAAUUUAUAAUAAAGCAGCUGCCUGGUUACCAGAUGCGAAGACACACCUAGGCUACGUUCACACUGCAGGCGAAAGCGCAUCAAAUCCGAUUUUUUUGACCCUAUCCGACCCAUAUCCGAUCAUGGUAUGACAGUGUGAACGGCACAAAUCCGAUAUUUUCAAAUCCG